AUGGCGGAUCCGAAUGAAAGAGAAAUUGGAAACCAGGAGCUCUACCAAUUGAGCUGUAGCCUUACUGCUUGGGAAGGAUUGGAAAUCGAGAUCGAAAUUUGUGCGUUUUCAGAAAUUAGGAAGAGAAUAGAAUGGAAAUCUGAAAGGGAAUAUGGUUAUAGUUAUGGUUAUGGUUAUGGAUCCCUUCUUCCUCACUGCAAUGGAAGAACUCAUCACCAUACAUUUUUGGUGCAGUCGACUCCAUACACCAGGCUCUGCAACACCAAGAACAUCCUCACUGUCAAUGGAAAAUUUCCAGGCCCAACCCUAGAAGCCAACAGGGGAGAUACCCUAAUCGUCGACUUUCGAAACCGGUCUCCGUACAACCUCACCCUUCACUGGCACGGUGUUAGGAUGCCGAGGAAUCCGUGGGCAGACGGCGCAGAGUAUGUGAACCAAUGCCCGAUUAGGCCGGAAAGUAAUUUUAGAUAUAGGGUUGAAUUGUCGCGGGAAGAGGGGACGGUGUGGUGGCACGCGCAUAGUGGAUGGGCGAGGGCGACCGUUCAUGGUGUGAUCAUCGUUCGCCCGAGGAUUGGGAUUAGUUAUCCCUUCCCGGAGCCUUUCGCUGAAGUUCCCAUUGUUCUAGGAGAAUGGUGGAAGGCGAAUGUAAUGGAUAUCACGGAAAAUGCAAACAAGACCGGGCGGGAGCCCAUUUUGUCCGAUGCCUAUACCAUUAAUGGACAUCCCGGAGAUCUCUAUCUGUGCUCCAAACAAAAUACUUUUAAAAUAACAGUGAUGCCCAAAAAAACUUAUCUUUUUCGAAUAGUUAGCGCGGUUAUGGAAGAAAACCUUUUCUUUGCGAUCGCCAAUCACAAGCUUACUGUAGUGGGAACCGACGGAUUCUACACGAAGCCAUUCGAAACAGAUCACAUCAUGAUCGCUCCCGGCCAAACCAUGGACGUCCUACUGAACGCAAAUCAAUCCCCUGAACUCAAAUACUACAUGGCCGCCCGGGCUUAUGCAAUUUCCUACGGUGCUGGCUACGACAACACCACAACUACCGCCAUUCUACAAUACGCGAAUAGUGCUAACAACAGAUCCCUAAUGUCAUCCCCGGUCCUCGUCCCAACACUUCCUCCCUACACCGACACACAAGCCGCCACUCAGUUCACCCGACGGCUCCGGAGCCUAGCGAGCAAGGACCACCCGGUCAACAUCCCGGUCAAAAUCAAAACGAAUCUAUUCUUGACCUGGUCGGUCAACUUGCUAAAUUGCACAGGGGUGGGGCCCUGUGGGGGCCCCUUAGGCCGGCGGUUCGCGGCUAGUGUGAACAACGUCAGCUUCGUCCACCCGACGAGGACAGACAUCCUCCAGGCUUAUUAUUACAACAUCAGCGGGAUUUACACCGGCGACUUUCCUAGGAAUCCGCCGCAUAGUUUCGACUACACGGCCAAGAACUUGACGGAGAACUUGUUGACGCCGGAGUUUGGGACGAGGGCGGUGGUCCUGGAGUACAAUGCCGGUGUGGAGGUGGUCCUGCAAGGGACCAACCUGGUGGCGAGCGACAACCACCCGAUCCAUUUGCAUGGGCACGGGUUUUACAUGGUCGGGUGGGGAUUCGGGAAGUUCGACCCGGAAAAAGACCCGUCCCGGUACAAUCUGGUGGACCCGCCGCAGCAGACGACGGUGGGGAUUCCGGACAACGGGUGGGUUGCUAUAAGAUUCCGGGCAGACAAUCCAGGGGUUUGGUUUAUGCAUUGCCAUUUGGAGAGGCAUCAAAGCUGGGGAAUGAGCACAGUGAUUGUGGUGAAGAAUAAAGAAGGAAAAGGAACUAAUGGAGAAGGACAAUUGCUUCCACCACCUCCGGAUCUGCCCCAUUGCUAG